UAAACUGAAAUCAAAAUUUGAAAUCAGCAAUUUUACAAAAAGAAAUUACACGAAAGAAAUUAAUGAAUACAAGUUUAACGAGCUCGAUGUGAAAUCCGCUAUUGUUACUACAUCCUCUUUGUAAUGUUUCAUUUUUCACUCGGUUUCACUUCUUAGUUUAACCUAACCUUGUUUUAUGGUUUAGAGGAGGCAAGAUUUCAACAGAGUUUAACAUGGCGGAUGUCGAGCUAUCUAAGGCGUUACGUGAUUUACCAAAUCGAGUACUUUCUGUUCCUAUGGAGGAGAGAUCUGAUUUGUUCAGAAAUGUGUCGUCCGUUCUUAACAAUCCUGGGAUAAAUGCUGCAAUUGUAAGGGGAAUAUGUAAGGUCAUUGGUACGACAUUGACAAAAUAUAAAGACUCGUCAUCUCAACUCCUUGUUAGAAAUCUCAUUGUGGAAAUCAUUAAACGCCACCAUGACGUGGCUGUGGAACACCUGAUUGGAGUAAUAAAAGCAGUUUUAAGCAAAGACCUUUCUGGGACACAGCCACAAAAAUCGGCCAAAUAUUCAUUGAUUGUCUUAGGUUGGACGGACCUGAUAACACGGCACGCCGAUUUCAACUCAAACAUCUUUAGAACAGAAUAUCCGAAAUUAGUGGACUAUCAGAGCCAAUUGUAUCAACAUAUUUAUCUCUCAUUUAAUACACGCAUCAUAGAAAUGGGGGAGAAAAUAUUUUUCGAUUCAUGGCAAAAUCUGGAGAUUUAUGGGCUAUGCUUCUCCACUGCAAUAGCGAAAGAACCUGCAAGUAAUAUAGUCAUAUUUUUAAUGUUGCUCCUACGUUUCGAUAAAAGUUACGACAUCGAAAAUAGGAUUAAUAAGUGCAAAUCAGAAUUACUCGACCACUUUGUAAAAGGAAUUAUAACGAGUAAGACGAAGCUUCCUGAAUCUUUUGUAAUCGCUUGUCGGCCGUUAUUACAAGUACUUACUCAAAGCGAUUUUGAAGAAAACAUUUUACCGGUAUUGCAAAAAUCCAUAUUAAGGAAUCCAGAAGUUGCCAUAAAAACCAUGGGACUGGUUUUACACGAAUUAAACAUAGACCUAAGUAAAUAUGUUGAAUCGUUGGGAAAAGUACUUUUACAAAAUUUAUAUUGCAAAGACGAUACGGCUAGGCAUGAAUCCCUGCAAUCUUUGAAGGAGUUAUCCCAAAAGUGCGCUACUGUCGAAUCAAUUGAAUAUCUGCUAAAUGGGAUAUUUGCUAUUCUUAAUGGAGAAAAUGGCAAAAUAACUGUUGCUGAGUACAGAAUGAAUCUUAUUCAGGGCGCAGGAUACUUAAGUUUCAACUCAAUUUCCAGUAGUAAAACUUCAACGUUAUUACACCUCGUUGUGGACUUGUUUUCGAAAGCAUUGGCGUCUGAAAUCCAAGAGCGGGUUAUAUGCCAUACUUUGGACAUGUUUAGUUUGUGGUCAGUGAAAUUUGUUGGAGAACUACCAAAAACAAUCAUCGAUAUCUUUAACAGAGGAUUAGACCUUAAAACAACAACUCAACCUGUUCGUGUGGCGUAUCUUCAGUGGCUGUUAGCUGCUCUUCAAAAUGCAAAAUUACACGAGGAAAUCAAUUUCACACCAUUUCUUAUUACAUUAGUUGAAAAAGGUUUGCAAAAUCCCACACAAAUCCCUCUUGUGUGUGAGGCACUUUGCGCUGCCUGUGUUAUUUUACAAACAGAAAGAUCUUUGAACAAUAUCAUCUUAAGCAACUUUUGGAGCGUCAUAUUCGACAUGAAUAAACAGAUAUUUUUUUCUGAACGCUUUAUGGUCGCUGCACCGGCUGAAACACUAUGCUACGUUUCAUUGAUGGCCGAAAAUUUGUUAACGCAAUAUGCUGAUAAGCUGAAAGGGCCAAUACACGUUAUAUUCAAAGCUAUCGUUUGCAAUUUAAUAUCGAAUUCCAAAAAACUGAGAUCAUACACUUUGGCUUUACUUCCAAAGAUAAUCCAAUCAGUAAACGGCGUCGCGUAUAUUAAUACAAUACUGGUUGAAUUCGAAAAUCAGAUGGAUAAUAUAAAGUUCAACAAUGAAAAUGAUGGCAUCAAUGAAGAAAAUACAGCCUCGGUGAAUCCUUUGGUAGAAAUAGUGAAUUGUGUUUGUAACUUUGAACAAAUUGAAAUCAGCGAUGCUAAAAAACUAGCUUUACAAUCACUACUUAUAUGCCACCACCCAGCUGCGGUGUGCAAUGAACCGUUUUUGUGGGAAAGCAUUUUAAAAUCGAAGUUCAAUUUUGAUCCAGAAACAUUCAUUUCGAUAAACACAAAGCAAAUCAUCGAAAUUUUAAUGGAUAAUUUUGAACAGAAAAGGCCGUAUGAAAAUGCGAUUUCUACUAUUGCUCGGCUGAGCCCAGGAGUUAUAUUACCAACUUUUAUACAGAAAAUUGUAGCUGAUUUUAAAAGUAUUGAAAUAGAUGUUGUUUCCGAAGAGGAGUAUGCUAUAUACCUAAGUACAUUGGAUAAAAAACUUGGUCAAGGUAAUGAUGAUAUAAACGUAACAACCGGGAAUAUACGAGAUAAUAAAGGGCACCAUAACAAAGGUCAAACAGAAAAAAUACAAUUCGGUACUGAAAGUGAUAAGAAGCGAUACAAAGGCAAAGCAAAUUUCCCAGAAAUUACCCAAAAACAACAAGAAGCUAUAAAACUUCAAGCUGAAAAAGAAAACUAUAUAAGAGAACGCCUUGCACUUCUGAGUAAAAAAUUAAUAAAUGCAACAACUAUGUUAGAGGCGGUAUAUUCCGGGAAUCCUAAGGCAGUCUCUUUACAUUAUCAUGAAUUACUGAAUCAAAUUUUAAAAUUACUAAAAUGCCCACUUGCAGCGGAAACAUUGACAAAGCUGUAUUUUAAAUUACGCGAAGUAUGUUUCGAAGACAAUUUUGAGCUGGGAGAAAAUUUGGCGGUGGCAACUAUACGGUUAGAAAACCCAGAUUGCGUUCUCCCAAAAGAAUGGGCUGUAAAAGAUAUGAAUGAGAACACCGUAAGUACUUUACUGGACCUUCACAGCCGCAUAGUAAGCCACGAAGACGACAGUUCUUCGAUAACCUAUUUUGACGCACCUUCAUUUUCGUAUACAUUUGAAUUCCUAAGACGUGCACUCAUUAUAAGUUCCGUAGCAUGCAAUGAGGAAUUCCUAUUGGCCGGUAUCCAAAUAAUUGAACAUCAUGCUCAAAUUAGAGGUAAUACAAUAUUUGGAGAUGUGACAGAUUACAAUCAUCCUAAAUACAUGCCUCGGUUAAAAAUGUUAGAAUUAUUGCUACAUUUUGUAAAAACAUACCAAGGCAGAGCUCAAACGCAAGCGGCAGUUGCUCUUUUGGAAGUGGCAAAUUUAAGUUCUGGCGAAGAGUAUUGUGCACAAGCUACUGAAGAUGAGACAGAGCUAUUUUUACUGUCACUACAAAACGGCGAAGAAAUCGUGAGGGAAGUUUCAUUAAAAGCGCUUCAAGUUAUGGAAAAGUCUAUUUUGCUUGAAAGCAAUAUGAAUAAAGACUUAAUUUUGCGAUUGAAACUACGCUUAUGGAUUGCGAAGCAUGACAUAUCGCCUGAAAUUCGUACUUUAGCUGCAGAUUUAUGGGAGUCGGCUGAAUUUUCACCACCUAAUUUGGAUGAGCUCAUUUUAGAUGUUAUACAUAAGGAGUUAUGCAUACAAAAGGCCACGUCCGCUUCUUUGCUACCGUUGCUUGCCAACGAUCAUCAGAGGGUUAAGCAUGUAGUGAAAGUUUUACUUGACAUAUACAAGGAAAAAUUAACCAUGAUUCCCCCUAAAUUGGAUCAAUUUGAUCGUGAAAUUUCUCCCGCAGUCGAUCAAUGGGAACCCCGAAGAGGUAUUGCGAUAUCCAUUUCAAAAGUUUCUAAAUUUUUCGAAGUGGAAGAUGUGAAUCAUAUUAUGCAGUUCAUGGUUUCACAUGGUUUUGGCGAUCGCAACGAAACCGUUCAUAAAGAAAUGCUUGCCGCUGCACUUUGUAUAGUGGAUUUUCAUGGCAAAGAAACGAUAGUUUAUUUGUUACCUGUAUUUGAAGACUUUCUGGAUAAAGCACCUAAAUCGCAAAGCUACGACAAUGUCAGACAAGCUGUAGUGAUCAUAAUGGGAUCAUUAGCUCGACAUUUAGAAGCUGAUGACGUUCGAAUUGAACCUAUAGUCCGAAGACUAAUUGCUGCGCUAUCAACACCUUCUCAGCAAGUACAAGAAGCAGUCGCAAAUUGUUUACCGCAUUUGAUUCCUUCAGUGCGGGAUAAGGCACCUGAAAUUAUAAAAAAAUUGUUACAAUUACUGGUUAAGUCUGAUAAGUAUGGAGAGAGGAGGGGAGCAGCUUACGGAAUUGCUGGUAUUGUAAAGGGCUUGGGAAUUUUGUCACUGAAACAAUUUGACAUAAUGUCUAAAUUGACAACAUUUAUACAAGAGAAGAAAAAUUACAAGUCUCGGGAAGGCGCCCUUUUUGCAUUUGAAGUACUUUGCACAACGCUUGGACGUUUAUUUGAGCCCUAUAUUGUACAUGUGCUACCCCACCUAUUGCAAUGCUUCGGAGACUCUUCGCAAUAUGUUAGACAAGCAGCUGAUGACACAGCCAAAGUCGUUAUGGGAAAACUGUCAGCGCAUGGUGUUAAACUUAUACUGCCAUCUCUACUUAAUGCUUUAGACGAGGAUUCUUGGCGGACAAAGACAGCUUCAGUUGAACUUCUUGGAGCAAUGGCGUUCUGUGCACCGAAGCAGCUGUCGUCAUGUUUACCCAACAUUGUUCCAAAGCUAAUAGAAGUGCUUGGUGACUCCCAUACAAAAGUUCAAGAAGCUGGUGCUGACGCGCUGAAAGUUAUAGGAUCUGUAAUUAAAAAUCCAGAAAUCCAAGCCAUAGUCCCGAUUUUGUUAAAGGCUUUAGAAGAUCCAUCAAAAAAUACAUCGGUUUGUCUGCACAGUUUACUACAAACAAAAUUUGUACAUUUUAUCGAUGCUCCAUCUCUGGCUCUCAUAAUGCCUGUUGUAGAGAGAGCAUUCAUGGACAGAUCUACAGAGACACGAAAAAUGGCAGCUCAAAUUAUUGGAAAUAUGUACUCCCUAACUGAUCAAAAGGAUUUAGUUCCAUAUUUGCCGAAUAUAAUUCCUGGUCUUAAAAUGUCGUUGCUUGAUCCAGUACCUGAAGUAAGAGCGAUUUCUGCUCGGGCCUUGGGAGCAAUGGUUCGUGGAAUUGGCGAAUCUUCAUUUGAAGAUUUACUACCAUGGUUGAUGCAAACCUUGACAUCGGAAACCAGCAGCGUCGAUCGCAGUGGUGCAGCUCAAGGCCUCGCCGAAGUCGUGGGUGGUCUAGGUGUGGAUAAGUUGCAUCAGCUAAUGCCAGAUAUUAUCGCAACUUCCGAAAGAACCGAUAUUGCACCACAUGUCAAAGAUGGCUAUAUAAUGAUGUUCAUAUACAUGCCUGGGCCCUUUGCCCAAGAAUUUACUCCUUAUAUUGGUCAAAUAAUUAAUCCGAUAUUAAAAGCAUUGGCCGAUGAAAAUGAGUAUGUUCGUGACACGGCAUUGAAAGCUGGACAACGUAUAGUAAAUUUGUAUGCCGAAUCAGCAGUGAUGCUUCUUCUUCCUGAAUUAGAAAAAGGCUUGUUCGAUGAUAACUGGAGAAUUCGAUUUAGCUCCGUUCAGUUGUUAGGAGACUUAUUAUAUAGAAUAUCAGGUGUAUCUGGAAAGAUGACUACCGAAACGGCUAGUGAGGAUGACAACUUUGGCACCGAACAGUCACACACGGCCAUUAUACGAUUCUUGGGCGAAGAAAGGCGGAAUAGAGUUCUCUCUGGUCUUUAUAUGGGACGCAGCGACGUAUCAUUAAUGGUACGGCAAGCCGCUCUACAUGUUUGGAAAGUAGUUGUAACCAACACACCUCGCACACUAAGAGAAAUUUUACCUACUUUGUUUGGCUUACUACUGGGUUGCUUGGCUAGCACCAGCUAUGAUAAACGACAAGUUGCUGCACGCACGCUAGGUGACCUCGUUAGAAAAUUGGGAGAGCGAGUGCUUCCCGAGAUAAUACCGAUAUUAGAGAAAGGUCUUAACUCGGAGCAAGCAGAUCAGCGCCAGGGAGUUUGUAUUGGCCUAUCAGAAAUAAUGGCUUCAACUUCUAAGGAAAUGGUAUUAUCAUUUGUUGACAGUUUAGUUCCUACUGUAAGAAAAGCUUUGUCGGAUCCAUUACCUGAGGUUAGAGAAGCUGCCGCGAAAACUUUCGAAUCCUUGCAUUCUACCGUUGGCACACGAGCAUUAGAUGAAAUUUUGCCAUCAAUGUUAGAGGGAUUAAACGAUACUGAUCCAAAUGUUGCAGAACAUACUUUAGACGGUCUUCGGCAAGUCAUGACAAUUAAGUCCCGAGUGGUGUUGCCAUUCCUUGUUCCGCAAUUAACAACUCCUCCAGUUAAUACAAAAGCCCUCUCCAUUUUAGUGUCGGUUGCAGGGGAUGCACUGACAAAAUAUUUAUCUAAAAUUUUAGAUGCUCUACUUCAAACGCUUUCGGAUUCUCAAGGAACUAUAAAUGAGCAACAAGAAUUAGACUACUGCCAAGCAGUUAUACUCUCGGUAACAGACGAAAGUGGUAUUCGCACAAUUGUGGAUACUCUAAUGGCAUCCGCAAAGUCCAAUAACGUAAAUACACGAAAGUCUGCUUCAAGUUUACUUGCUGCAUUCUGCACACAUUCUCCGGGCGAUUAUUCUCAGUAUGUGCCGCAAUUGCUACGUUGUUUAUUGCGCCUAAUGGCUGAUUCCAAUCGUGAUAUUCUUCAAAGGUCUUGGGAUGCGUUAAAUGCAGUUGUGAAAGGCUUAGAUUCAAGCCAACAAAUCGCUUACGUAUCUGACGUUAGACAAGCAGUUCGGUUUGCUGCAAGUGAUUUGAAGGGCUCAGAGCUGCCAGGUUUUUGCCUGCCAAAAGGAAUUACUCCUCUUCUUCCCGUCUUUCGAGAGGCAAUUUUGAAUGGCAUGCCAGACGUUAAGGAAAAUGCCGCCCAGGGACUAGGCGAAAUUAUUGCAUUAACCAGUGCUCAGUCCCUACAGCCAUCUGUUGUCCAAAUCACUGGACCACUAAUUCGUAUUCUGGGCGAUCGUUUUAAUGCAGGGGUUAAAGCGGCUGUUCUAGAAUCGCUAGCGAUCUUACUGCGAAAGGUCGGAGUCAUGUUGAAACAAUUUUUGCCCCAGUUGCAAACAACAUUUCUUAAAGCUUUACAUGAUCCAAAUAGAGCUGUACGCAUGAAGGCCGGUCAAGCCAUAUCUGAAUUGGUAAUGAUUCAUUCGCGCCCAGAUCCUAUUUUCAAUGAAAUUCAAAGUGGAAUAAAAUCAAGUGAAGAUUCAGCCAUACGAGAAACUAUGUUGGCAGCCAUGCGUCUGAUUAUUAGCUUAGCGGGGGGAAAAAUGUCUGAUUCUCUUAAGAAACAAAUAAGCACUACUUUACUAAAUAUGAUAGGUCAUUCAGAAGACAUCACUCGGUCUGUUGCAGGGGGCUGUUUAGGAUCACUUUUAAAAUAUUUAACAGUCCAGGAAGUGGAGGAUAUAUUAGAGAAUCAUAUACUCGUUGUAAGCAACGAUGAUGGGCCGAUAGCGCAUGGGCGAAUCACCGUUCUUUUUGUCGCAUUAAAAGAGAGUCCUGCCAUGAUUAUAACAGCGAAAUUUGAAGAGAAAGUAAAAGAGACCAUUACUAAUAGUAUUUCAUCAGAGAAGAUCAAUAUUUCCAGCAAAGGUGUUCGCUCAAUAACUUGUUUGUUACAGUUUUAUUUGUCCAAUAAUUUACCGUAUUCUCCAACAAUAGUUUCAAGCUUCACUCGAGCUAUGAACCACAAAAGCAACGAAAUAAAACAGCUCGUUGCCAAAAGUUGCAAUUACUUAGCUACAGAACUACCUGUGGAUAAGAUGACGCCAGAUAUUAUCAAACUGUUUGUACCAAUGCUAGUUAAUGGCACCAAAGAAAAAAAUGGUUAUGUAAAGUCUAAUUCUGAAAUAGCUUUAAUAUCAAUUUUGCAUCUCCGUGAUAACGAUACCACAUACAAUUCUGUAUGUCAAAUUUUGGAAAUUGGAGCGAGAGAUUCCUUAAAUGAGGUAGUAAACAAAGUUUUACGUAAAGUUGCUGUUCAGACUGUAGGAAAGGACGAAGAAUUUGACGAUACAAUUUUGAACUAGAGAAAAAAUGUAACUAGGUGGUACUAAAAAUUUAUUCAUAAGUCUAUAUGUCAACUCCUAGUGUAUUAUAAAAGGAAAAUAAAUCGAAAAUAAAAGAA